AUGAUACAAAUAUAUGAAUCUUCUGAUUAUGUUAUUUCUUUUAAUUAUGAUAAAACACUUAAAGGAACAAUAGAACUGUUUAAAAAAUUGGUUCAACGACUUUCUGAAGCUGGAUUGAAUAUUCAAUGUCAUAAUGACAAUUUAGACUCUAUUUUUCUAUUUAUAAGUUGUUCUUCUUCUAGAUUACAUUUAGAAGCCUCUAAUUCUCGACGUAAAGAUUGGUUAUAUGGAAUAGAAAAAGUGUCACCUUAUAUGAGAGAUGAUGAAGAAAUAACGGUUUCUGAAAGAUUAAGACUUAUUUAUGAUAUUAUUUCAUUGCCUGUAUCAGAAGGAGGUGCAGGAAUAUGUCUUGAUUUAAAUGAAUGGAAAUUGGUUAAAUUUAUCAUUCCUCUUCAUGAUUAUAAAUUUAAUAAGAAUUGUAUGAAUAUGAUACUUAAAAAAUGGGUUUUAGAUGAAUCAGAUUUAGAUAUUUUAAAGAAUCAUUUUGGAGAAAAGAUUGCUUUAUACUUUUUUUUUAUUCAGUUUUAUAUUUUAUGGCUUAUAUUUCCUACAAUUUUUGGGCUUUUUAUUCAUUUUUUUUUUCCAAGAUAUUAUAUAGUGUUUGCAAUUACUAUAACAUUAUGGUCUAUUAUAUUUAUACGAAUGUGGAAGAUGAAGGAAGUAAAGCUUUCAUUGCGAUGGGGAGUUUAUGGUAUUAGUAAAAUAUAUCAGAGACGUAGAUCAUUUAUGGGAGAUAAAAUUGGAAAAGAUGCAAUAAGUGGAAAAACUAUUCUUGUUUUUUCAAUUUGGAAAAGAUUACUUUGGAAAUUUAUUUCUUUUUUAUUUCAAAUGGUAUUUUCAAUUGUUAUCAUUUGUAUUCUUACUGGUAUUUUUUUCGUGGAAAUAUACUUUUUAGAGAUCUAUGAUGGUCCUUUUCAAAAAUAUUUGGUCAUUGUUCCUUCUAUUUUGUUUAUGAUGUUUAUUCCUAUAUUUUCUAUUAUAUAUAAUAUAAUGUCAACUUAUAUAAAUUAUUAUGAGAAUUUUGAAACAGAUAUUGAUUUCGAAUCUUCAUCUAUUCGCAAGGCUUUCUUAGUAAACUUUAUUAUUUCUUAUACUACAUUAUUUAUUAUCACAUGUUUUUAUGUACCAUUUGGUUCUGAUAUUAUUCCAAAAAUAAAUAUAAUAAAUAUUCAAUCUAUAUUCAUAGAUUCAAAAAAUAUAGGAAUUAAACUAUUUACUAUAAAUUCAAAUAAAUUGAAGAAGCAAUUCAUUUAUUAUAUGAUCACUGCACGAGCUAUAAAUUUCUUUCAGCAAUGGACAUUUCCUUUUCUAUUUAGAUUCUUUUUUAGUAUUCUAAGAAAGAUUUAUACUACCAAGUUUUCAAGAAUUGGCUAUGAAUAUAUGAAUAAUUCUUCAAAAGAAUCUGAAUUUUUGCAAAAAAUUCGUUCUCAGACGACAUUACCUGAAUUCUCAGUUUUUGAUUCUUAUUUGGAAUUGAUCAUUCAGUUUGGGUAUAUUCUUUUAUUUUCAAUUGUUUGGCCUUUAGGCUCUCUUUGCUCUUUUUUAAGCAAUAUAAUUAAGAUUAUUUCUGAUUAUAUAAAGCUUCUUUAUACUACAAAACGUUCUAUUCCUUUUCGUACUGAUACUAUUGGCUUAUGGGCUUCAUAUUUAACGUUAUUAAGUUGGUUAGGUGCCAUUCUUAUGACUAUAUUCAUCUAUUUUCACAAAUAUUCUUCAAAUACAUAUAUUUUCUCUGAACUUGUUGCUCUUGGCUUUCUUUCAAAUCAUUUAUAUACAUUUUUAUACAUUAUUUCUAAAAAAAUAUUUGGAUAUAUAUUUCAUCAACAAAAAUAUAUUCUUAGGGAAUACUAUUCACUUAAAAUUGAUCAUUUAAAAAGAUCAAUGGAUGACAAUACUGCAAGUUACAAACAACAUCAAUAUAUAAAACAUGAUUAUACUGAUAUUAUUCAAACUGGUACUUGUAUUAUCACUGAUUUCUUCAAAAAAUACAAAAAAGAAUAAAAAUAAAAUAUUA